UUUGAAAGAAAGUAAAGAAAGAAAAGCAUCAAAAUUUUUUCAUCUGUCCUGGACAAUCAAAAACCCACAUAGGAACGAUUUUUGCCUAAAUAAGUAAUUUUCUAUCUUCGUUAUGUGUUAUAAGUUAUUUAAAAUAGAACACUUGCUUGUAUAAAGAUUCAAUAUCAUUUAAUUUACCUGGACUUCACAAUGGAGGAAAAACCUAACCUAGAUGUGGUUAUUUUGGCAGUAUCAACUUUAUACAAAAACCCAGAUAGGAAAGAAAAGGAGAGGGCCUCAGAAUGGCUCUUGAAUUUACAAAAAUCAGUGCAUGCUUGGUCGAUUGCAGAUGAGGUUUUGCAUAAAAAGCCAGAUCUUGAAUCAUGUUACUUUGCAGCUCAAACAAUGAGAACCAAAAUUCAUCAAUCAUUUUAUGAAUUGCCUCAAAAUGUUCAUGCAGCAUUAAGGGACUCACUUUUGGAGCAUAUUAGUCAAAUAAAUGAAGGUACGAAUACAGUAAUAACAACCCAGCUAUGUCUAGCUCUUUCUGAUUUGAUCCUUCAAAUGCCAACUUGGCAAAGGGCACCUUUAGAUAUAAUAAACAGGUUUUCAAAUAUGUCCUAUGUGGGUCCUUUAAUAGAGGUUCUAACUGUUCUUCCAGAGGAAUUAGAAAGCAAAUCUGUGCGGCUUGGUGAAAAUCGACGCUAUGAGGUUCUAGAGGAGCUAAAACAGUGUGCUCCAACAGUAGUUGAAUUUCUAAAACAUUGCUGUACAAUGUAUGGUCAACAUGUCAAUGAAAACACACAUAUUUUAGCUCGAACAUUGAGAUGUUUUACAUCUUGGAUAUCUGUUGGAGCGAUUCCAUUACAUGGUUUGACAGAUAAUGUAGUUCUUAAUUUAGCUUUUCAAAUACUUGACUUACAAUCACAUGAGGGCAAACAGUGUACUGGAGCAUUAUGUGAUGCAGCAACUGAAUGUAUUUGUACGUUGCUUCAAUGUUUAGAAGACAAUAAUAACCAGCAAGACUUAGAAAAUUAUUUAUUUAGCAAUAUUUUAAAAUUAGAAAUCUCAUACCAUGUGUCCGUAUCAAAUGAAGAUCAAAGUAAAUCCAUAGAUUAUUGCAGGCUUUUUACAGAAUUAGGUGAAUCCUUCCUUGAAAAAAUUGUAUCAAGCAGCACACCAGGCAAUACUCACUAUGCAAUAAAAGUAUUGGACUUAGUGCUGAUGUGUGUUGGACAUCAUGAUUAUGAAGUAGCUGAAAUAACAUUUAACUUAUGGUAUCUUUUAAGUGAGGAACUGUAUCAGAAGAACAAUAAAGAGCUUACUGAGCUGUUUAGGCCUUAUAUUGAAAGACUUAUAACAGCCUUAUGUAGACAUUGUCAGAUGGAGCCUGAUUGUGAUGGUCUUCUAGACGAUGGCGACGAAUUUAAAGACUUUAGACAAAAGGUUUUAGACCUAAUCAAAGAUGUAGUAUUUAUAGUUGGCAGUAGCAGUUGCUUUAGACAAAUGUUCCUAAAUUUACAAGCCCAAGGUGUUACUUGGGAUCAGACUGAAGCAGCAUUGUUUGUUAUGCAAGCCGUUGCUAAAAAUGUCUUGCCAACCGAAAACGAAGUCGUCCCCAAAGUAGUAGAAGCAAUACUAAAUUUGCCAGAAUCCACCCAUCUCGCUGUCAGACACACUUCCGUAUUACUUUUGGGUGAAUUAUGCGAAUGGAUAGAAGAACACCCCCAUGUUUUAGAUCCUACACUCAAUUUCUUGGUGCAAGGACUAGCAGUUCCAGGACUCAGUGCAGCAGCCGCUACAGCACUACAGAAUAUUUGCGUCACGUGUAACACCUGCAUGCCGCGAUAUAUGCCAAUUUUAUUACAAGUGAUGCACCAAGUAGAUAAUUUGUCUAUUACAAAUAAUGCCGUCAUAGGAAUACUAAAAGGUGUAGCAGCUAUAGUCUCUGUGAUGUCCCAUCAGGAAAUUACGGUGGUAUUAAGAGAAUUAUGCUUUAUGCAACUUACCCCGCUUAUUCAGCUAAUUAAGCAAGACGUGGUACCGAUAAAGGGUACCACAACGGAUCCAGUGUUAUGGUUGGAUAGGUUAAGUGCUAUUCUUAGGCAUGUUUCUAUACAUAGUGUGGCAGAAGGUCAAGUUCAUCCUUGUAAACCUGUGGUGUUGGACGUUUGGCCAGUUUUGUCUCAAGCAUUUGACAAAUACCAAAAAGAUAUUAGGAUAAUGGAACGGUGCUGUAGGAGUAUAAGAUUUAUGCUCAGAUGUGCCAGUCAACAAGUAUGUGAAAUAUUGGAGAGUUUAGUUAGACAAAUAAUAGCAAUUUACGGGGAACACAAACAUUCGUGUCUGCUUUAUGUAGGUAGCAUUUUGGUAGACGAAUAUGCAACCGAUCCGCAGUGUGUCGCAGGCCUUUUAGAUAUGCUACAGGUGCUAAUUGGGCCUACAUUCCAAAUGUUGCAAGAAGAAGUUGGACUGAGGAACCACCCGGAUACUGUAGACGAUUUUUUCAGAUUAUGUGCGAGAUUCAUCCAGCGGGCCUCGGUACCAUUCCUGCGGUCCUCCGCCCUAGUUCCAAUCGUACAAUGUGGCUUGCUAGCCGCAUCUUUAGAUCAUAAGGAGGCGAAUAUGUCCGUUAUGAAGUUCUUCCACGAUUUAGUUAACCAGGGUCAGAGCAGCCAUUCCGCUCCCGAUUUUGCGGAGCGACGAAAACUGGUUCAAGAAACUCUUGAUCAAUUCGGCCAGCAACUAAUCACCGCUCUGUUACAAGCUGCCGCGUUUUAUUUGCACACCUAUAUGUUAUCUGAGGUUGGUGAUGUUUUCGUGCAAUUAUUAGAUUUUGACAGGGAAACGACAAGCAAAUGGGUAGCUCACGGACUAGACACAUUACCGAAACAAACCGAUGGGGGCCUAAUAAUAGCUACCCCGAAUCAGUUAAAUGAUAUACACCUCAAUCUUAUUAGAUCAAAUAGUUCAAAGUCAGUAACGCACGUACUCAAAGAACUCUCACGACUCUACCGAUAAGAAGUAUCUGAAAAUAUUUUAACGAUAACUUAUUGCUGUGUAAUCUAUACUUAUAAGUUUUAUAUUCAUGAUUUUUUUUGUUAAAUCAGUUUGUUAAUAAUUUUUUACAUAAUUUCAUUGUAUACUAGUAUACAGUAUAUUUUUAGUUUUUAUUUUUAAACGUGAUAAGUGUAUAAAAUAAAUAAGAGUUAUUUAU